CUGGCGGAGAAGGAUGACGUCAAACCCCGGCAGACGUAUAACAGUUGUCUUCUCGGGCGUGACGGCAUCGCCUGGCGCCGGAAGGCUCCUGUGCGCAUGCGCGGGCUAUUCGUUCAUGGCGAUGUCGGUGAGAGUGAAGCGAGAGAGAGACCCAUGGCCGGCCUUGUCCGCUUCCUCGUCCAACGGGGGGCCGGUGAAAGUGAAAGUGAAGCAAGAACCCGAAGAGGAGGAGGAGGAGCUCCGUAUCAAGCAGGAGCCCAAGGUGGAGGCGGAAGAGGAGGACGAGGACGAGCCCGAAGUCAAAUAUGGCCGCUUUGAUCCAGAGGACCGACGGAGCCGGCACUGCCCUUAUUUGGACACCAUCAACAAGAGUGUUCUGGACUUCGACUUUGAGAAGCUCUGUUCCAUUUCCCUAUCUCACAUCAAUGUGUAUGCAUGUUUGGUCUGUGGAAAAUAUUUUCAGGGCCGGGGCCUGAAGUCGCACGCUUACAUCCACAGUGUCCAAUUCAGCCAUCACGUCUUUCUCAAUCUCCACACCUUGAAGUUUUACUGCCUUCCUGACAACUACGAAAUCAUUGACUCUUCCCUGGAGGAUAUCACUUACGUCCUGAAGCCCACCUUCACCAAGCAGCACAUCGCCAACUUGGACAAACAGGCCAAGCUCUCCCGGGCCUACGAUGGCACCACCUACCUGCCGGGCAUUGUGGGCCUGAACAACAUCAAAGCUAAUGACUACGCCAAUGCUGUUCUCCAGGCACUAUCCAACGUCCCUCCGCUACGGAAUUAUUUUCUGGAGGAGGAGAACUACAAGAACAUCAAGCGCCCACCAGGGGACAUCAUGUUCCUGUUAGUCCAAAGGUUCGGGGAGCUCAUGCGGAAGCUGUGGAACCCCCGGAAUUUCAAGGCUCAUGUUUCCCCGCACGAAAUGCUGCAGGCCGUAGUCCUGUGCAGCAAGAAGAACUUCCAGAUCACCAAGCAAGGUGAUGGGGUGGACUUCCUUUCCUGGUUUUUGAAUGCCCUGCACUCUGCUCUCGGUGGGACAAAGAAGAAGAAAAAGACCAUUGUGACAGAUGUGUUCCAGGGCUCCAUGCGGAUCUUCACCAAGAAGCUGCCACAUCCUGACCUGCCAGCUGAGGAGAAGGAGCAGCUGCUCCAGAACGAGGAAUACCAAGAGAAGAUGGUGGAGUCCACCUUCAUGUACCUGACGCUGGAUCUGCCCACGGCCCCCCUUUACAAAGAUGAGAAGGAGCAGCUUAUCAUCCCCCAGGUGCCCCUCUUCAACAUCCUGGCCAAGUUCAACGGCAUCACUGAGAAGGUAGCCUUCCCCCCUCAGCUGUCAUGGAGUUUCUCAUUCCCCCAAACGGGCUGUAGAGUAUGGGAUUUGAGAAGAGGAAAGUUAUUGUAUAUACUCGAGCUGUUUGCGGAGAGCCUGUGUUUGCAUCCUCUGAGGGCCCACCUUUCCCCGUGCAGGAAUGUGGACCUCCGGGAGUAUCUCUCUGAGGAAGUGCAGGCCGUGCACAAGAACACCACAUACGACCUCAUCGCCAACAUCGUGCACGAUGGGAAGCCGGCAGAAGGAGCCUACAGGAUCCAUGUCUUGCACCAUGGCACAGGCAAAUGGUAUGAACUGCAGGACUUGCAGGUGACGGACAUCCUCCCGCAGAUGAUCACGCUCUCAGAGGCCUACAUUCAGAUCUGGAAAAGGCGGGACAACAAGGAAGAGACCAACCAGCAAGGGGCUUAAAGGUGGAACUUUAUCCAAAAGGGGACAAGAGGCCCACAGUGGCACCGGUCACCUCUGCAUUUUAUUGAGGAGCCCAGAUACUUCGGAUCUCCCUGGGGCUGCUGAGAGGAGUGGAUGCUCCUUUAGAAGCUGCUGCUGGCUCUGUGCCUCCUGCCCCUCCCCCAUGGGAUGAAGGGGGGCUCCUGACAGAGCCCCAGUUGAAGGAAGGACGCAGCAAAUGGCGGAGGGGGGGCUUCUGGGGGAGCAGCCAAGCCCCACUUUGAGAACGAGUCCAUCUCAGAAACCUCCUGAGGAAGCGAGAGUUGGAGGAGGGAGGAAGGGGCUAGAGGUCUCUUCUCAUGUUUCGUUGGCUGCUUCUGCUCACAUCUCUGUACAUUAAAGUGUGUGUGUGUAUGGA